AUGUCUCGCAAACAAAAAUCGCAGAUAUCCCUAACCAUGCCUGCCACCGCCCUGCGCUACUCCCCCGCAUCGCCAUCCCCCUCCGCCUCCUGGCGAUCCGCCCAGUCCUCGGCACAGGCGUCCCUCCCGACCGAGAUCGUCCCGCGUCUCUUCAUCUCCGACAUCUGCGCUGCAGAGAGCGCACACACGCUCGUCUCCCUCGGAAUCACCCACGUCCUCAGCGCGAUGUGCGGGCGCGUCAUCCUGCCACCCGCCCUGCCCCUCGAACGCCUCCAAAUACCCCUCCAGGACAGCCCGUUCUCCGAGCUCGCCAACUUCCUCCCCUCCUCGACGUCCUUCGUCUCCAACGCCCUGCGCGAUCCAAACGCUCGUGUCCUCGUGCACUGCGCACAGGGCGUCAGUCGGAGCUCCAGCGUCGUUUGCGCCUAUCUCAUCGCCAAGUACGGCUGGUCGCCCGAGCAGGCAUUGCAAUAUGUCAAAUCCAAGUACAGCCAGGCGGAUCCAAAUCCAGGUUUUGUCAUGCAGCUGGGCGAGUAUGCACGCUCGUUGCAAGGGGCAGGACAAUGA